AUGUCUUUCUCCAAGGAUAUAAAUUACAAAACUUCUGAAAUGGGGCAAACCAAAAUACAUAAAGUAAAAUGGGUUAUACCUCAAAUUAACAAACUCUUUCAAAGCAGCACUCACAAAGAAUUGCGUUCGGACGCCUAUGAAAAUAUUUUAGGAGAUAAUGAUUCAACAUUUAAUUUAAAAAUAAAACUUUUGGGCAGAGAAAAUGAUAUUAUGGAAAUCUAUUAUUUAUAUCCCAAAACCAUUUUUCUCAAAACAGUACUGAUAACAAAUUUGAAUCAAUUCCAAGACCAGUUGUUGGUCCAAAAUGAAUUUGCCACAAUUGAAGCUAACUCAUGGCAAUACUUAUUUACACUAUUCAAACGUGAUAUAAUUGCAGCCAAGGGAAAAGAAUCAAUCCUUCAAAGUAAUGGAAGUUUAUCACUUCAAUUUGAAUUCUAUAUCAGAACUGAUGUCAAUGUUGCUUAUAAAAAUGUAUCACUUGAACGCCUAAGUUGUGAUUUUGAGAGUUUGCUACACAGUGAAUCAUUUUUUGAUGUCAUCAUGAAAUCCAGUGAUGGUUAUGAAUAUAAAGUUCACAAAGCAAUAUUGGCUGCCCGAAGUGAAGUUCUCAAAGCAAAUUUUCAACAUAACACUUUGGAAUGUCAAACCAAUAUUUUAGAAUCACCAUUUGAAUCGGCAACACUUUCAGCAGUGAUAAAUUUCAUAUACAGUGGGAAAAUUGUUAAAAUAGAUGAGAUACCGGAGAGUCUUUUAGUUGCAGCCAAUUAUUAUCAAUUAAAAGAAUUAAAAAACUUAUGUGAAGAGGCCCUACAUAGUAAACUGACGGUAGAUAAUGUUAUAGAAACAUUAAAAUUAGCAGAUUUGUAUUCAGCGGAAAUUUUAAAGCAAAAGUGUUUAGAGUUCAUUAAAAAUGGUCAAGCUAAACUUAUUGUAAAGACAGAAGGCUGGGCAAAAGAAGAAUCUGGGGAACUUAUAAAAUUAAUAUACAAAUAUGUUAUUGAUGAUGGAAAAGAUUGA